AUGGCCGAAUACCCUGUCGCCUACAAUGGCACCGAUAGUGGGACCGGUGGUAACUCCCUGACCGAGAACCUCAACAUCUACUACAGCUCUGGAGACAUUGCUUGGGUUAUCACCUCGACUGCCCUGGUGUUGCUGAUGAUUCCCGGUGUUGGCUUCUUCUACUCGGGUCUCGCUCGUCGAAAGUCUGCACUGUCGCUGAUAUGGCUUUCAAUAAUGUCGGUUGGGGUGGUGUCAUUUCAAUGGUUCUUUUGGGGAUACUCACUCGCUUUCUCUCACACGGCCGGAAGUUAUAUUGGUGAUCUUCAGAACAUCGGGUUGAGGAAUGUUUUGGCAGCCCCCUCAGUCGGCAGCACUGCGGUUCCGGACAUUCUCUUCUGUGUCUUCCAGGGCAUGUUCGCGGCCAUUACUGUGGCUCUUGCUGUCGGUGCCGUUGCCGAACGCGGUCGCAUGCUGCCCUGCAUGGUCUUUAGCUUCAUCUGGACGACCAUCAUCUACGAUCCGAUCGCUUGCUGGACAUGGAACUCGUCGGGUUGGGUUUACAAGCUGGGAGGUCUCGACUUUGCGGGUGGUACUCCCGUCCACAUCGCCUCCGGCUCGGCUGCGCUGGCAUACUCCUUGAUGCUCGGAAAGCGCCGCGGACAUGGCACCCACGAACUGAACUACCGUCCUCACAACGUCACGCAUGUGGUCAUCGGCACCGUCUUCCUCUGGGUUGGAUGGUUCGGGUUCAACGCCGGCUCCGCCUUGGCCGCCAACCUGCGCGCUGUGAUGGCCGCUGUCGUCACCAACUUGGCUGCGUCUGUGGGAGGUGUCACCUGGUGUAUCAUGGACUACCGCCUGGAGAGGAAGUGGUCCACCGUCGGCUUCUGCUCUGGUGUCAUCGCCGGUCUCGUUGCCAUUACCCCGGGCUCGGGUUUCGUGACCCCCUGGGCCGCUUUCAUUUUCGGAGUCGUUGGUGCUGCCGCCUGCAACUACGCCACCAAGCUCAAGUAUGUCCUUCGCGUCGACGAUGCCCUGGAUAUCUUUGCCGUGCACGCCAUUGGAGGACUUGUUGGUAACCUCUUGACUGGACUUUUCGCUGCUGACUACAUUGCGCACCUCGAUGGCUCCACCGUCAUCGACGGCGGUUGGAUCAACCACCACUACAUCCAGCUUGGCUACCAGCUGGCCGACUCUAUCUCCGGCAUGGCCUACUCCUUCUUCGGUAGCUGUCUGAUCCUGUUCCUCAUCAAUCUGAUCCCUGGUCUCCACCUGCGUAUCCCCGAGGAGGACGAGAUCCUGGGUGUCGACGAUGCCGAGAUUGGUGAAUUUGCUUACGACUACGUCGAAAUCACCCGCGACGUCAUCGGCGGCCAGAGCCCCGAGCACGCCGAGAGCGCCUCCAAGCGCACCAUGACUCCCAACGGCAACGAAGAGACCCUGGAAACCAAAGCUUGA